AUGUAUAUGUGCAUGUACGUACACACGUAUAUAAAUAUAAAAUAUAAAUACAUAUAUAAAUAUAAUAUAAAAUAUAAAUAUAAUGUAAUAUAUAUAAAAUAUAAAUACACACAUGUGCACAUUCAUACACAGACGUAUAUACGCAAACACACUCGUACACACAUGCACACGCACGUAUACGCAUUUGUAUAUUCGUACACACAUACGGACACACACGCGUACACACUCGUACACUCAUAUACACAAGCGUACACAUACGUAUACACGCACGUAAACACUCAUCCAGAGAUGUACACGCGCAAACACACUUGUACACACGUACAGGACCGCGUAGAAGGACGAAUGCUUUUAUACAGCAAAUGA